UUAUCGCUAGCGGCAGUGCAACAUGUUUACUUUUUGAGCCUUUCAGGGCAGUGAGGAGUAGCCAGACGGAGGAGAAGCCCGACUUCCCGUUGCUAUUCCUAAUGGCUAACAAGGACGACCUUGAGCACAUGCGUAUGGUGAGCCGAGCCAAGCACAGUGUCUUCGCUCUGGAACGAGGCAUGAGUGGACACUUCCUCGUCUCGGCGAAGACUGGUGAUGAGGUCGCCACUGCAUUCUAUCAGAUAGCAGCGAAUCUGGCGGGGAUAACUCUGAAGGAACCGGAGAUCCAAGUCCAUCAGAAGGUAGUGAAGGCUGAGCUCGUCGAUUAUCCUCAAGAUGACCCACGUCAUGCUCAUGUAGUUGCCCCGAGGAUGGCUGCUCGAACAUCCAGCCGUCGAUCGCGGUGUGCGGUUCAAUAG